AUAUAUACAUGUCUAUGGUUGGAACGCCAAGGAUCAGAAAUAAGUUCUGUUGCAUUUGGCUUCAUGCGCCUAAAAGCAAGCAAAGGCAAAAAAUAUUGAGAGAGAGAGAUAGACAAGUCCUGUUCCAUGGUUAUGUUUACAAAAAUUCAAAGUUUUUUUUAUUUGUAGAAAUGAGUUUUUAAAAUAGUUCCACAGUUAUGAGUUGUACUAGUAAUUUAAGCCAAUCACCAGAAUACCGCAGUUUUCGUAGUAGUGUACCGUUAAAAGUUAUAAUUGUGGACAAAGACAACACAAAGGAAUGGAAACUCUACGAUUGUGGCCCCAAAACAGUGCGUUGCCCUCUGUUUUGUCUGCCCCCUGCUUCGGGAACGGCUGAUAUUUUUUUCAAGCAAGCACUUGCUCUAUCUGCGAAAGGUAUAAGGGUGAUAUCUGCCGAACCUCCUGCUUAUUGGAACAUACGGGACUUCUGUGAGGGAUUCAGGAAGUUGCUGGAUCAUUUAGGGUUGGACAGGAUCCAUAUAUUUGGUCCUUCUCUAGGUGAGUUACUGCUUUUAGCUAUUUAUCAUAACCUAUGCGGUUUAGUGAUUACAAGCUAUAGCCUAAAAAGCUCUAUCAGAAUAGUCAUACAACGUGAUAGACUUAUCCACAUAUUCAUUGUCAGAAUUUCCUUUCAGCUGGAAAGUAUCCCACAGACUGAUCUUGCAAGCAGACUCACACUAAACUGCCACAGAGGGUACGUUCAAGCUCACAAACUUGUCGCUCUUCCAGUCACCAUAAUAGACGUUUUUGACGAAUGCGCUCUCUCUGGAAAUGUGCGGGAGGAGCUUUGCAAGUGUUACCCCAAUGCCAAACUUGCCCACCUCAAAUCGGGAGGGAAUUUUCCUUAUCUCAGUCGAUACGGAGAGGUCAACUUACAUUUGCAGAUUCACCUUCGGCAAUUCGAUGACUCUCCAUUUGCUGCAUCUGAGAGACCUUUAAUCAAUAGGUCCUAAUUCCUGGCGCAAGUGCCGCUAAAUUGUGAUAGCUUCUAUAUCCUUGAACUCUAUAGUAGAUUUUAUACUAUGUUAAAUGUAAGUGACAAAUACUAAUUAUUGUAAGUUGUUUUUUCACAUAUCCCAUCAAUCCUUAACCUUGACCAUUUAUACUAUUUUAAAAGUAAGUGACAAAUACAAGUAUUGUUAGUUGUUUUUUCCAUAUAUAUCAUCAAUCCUUAUCCUUGACCAUUUCACCACUGAAGAAUUAUUCAUUAAAAUGGGU